AUGCGGCGCGAGGACAAAGCUUUCGACCCCUUCACCGAGGACAUUGUUGACGGCAUCGUCGCCAACACCGUCAAGGUCAAGGUGAUUUCGGGGCAGUUCCUGUCGGACAAGCGCGUGGGCAUCUACGUGGAGGUGGACGUCUUCGGGCUGCCCGUCGACACCAAGCGCAAGUUUCGCACUCGGACCUCACAGGGCAACUCCUUCAACCCAGUGUGGGAUGAGGAGCCCUUCGUCUUCCACAAGGUGGGCACCUGGGGCGCUGGGAGGCACUGGGGGGACUCUAGGAGGGACUGGGAGGCACUGGGGAGCCUCUAG